AUGCUACCUUGCCGACAUACUUACUGCCUGACCUGUCUCGAACACUACUGCACUACUCGAAUUCCCCAGCAUCAGACUGCCUCCACUACCCUCGAUCCAUUAAGUCUCAACCCCAACCAAGAUGGAUAUAUCGCGACCAGGGCCUCUCAAGAUGAAUACUCUGUGAAUUCUGUGGAUUCACGGUCCAGACCUUCUCCCUUUCACACGCAUACAAGUCAGCAGCACCAUUUUGUCGGCCAUGAGACUGUUGGUGACCCCUUGUCAAGCCAAUAUAGACAAAGCCCUGCCCACACUAACUUAUUCACUCAUUGGUUGCACUCUUCCGAGGCUCCGUUGGCCACCAGCAACAUUAAUGAUAACAGU